CCGAAACCCAACAUCUUGUAAUACAAAAUCUUGUUUCCAGAAAUGAAAAGAAUCACUUGUUUUAUAUCAAGAAACUUCCCAACAAUGAAGAAGCAUGUUAUUCCAUCAUCAUCUACACCGUUAGGAAUCAACAACAAACAUCCCAUGAAACGCAAGCAUAGGCACAAGAAACACGCCGCCAAACAUUUGUUCUUCAACAAGGUUGUUUCGUAUCUUGUUUCGGAUUCUCACAUGUACAACCCUUUGGUUUCUCCUCAACCAUCUUUUGAUUUUCCUCCACCUAAGCAUAUGUUUACUUCUUCAUCUGCUGGAGUUCAAGAUGAUGUGGUUAUGCCGGUUAAAGAAAGUAACAAGAAGUUGAUUGAGAAAGUUGUUGACUUUUUGGAAGCUGACUGUUAUUUGUAUUCUCCAUUGGUUACUAAUGAGCAUGUUUGUUAUAAGAGUACUCAUGGAGGAAAUAUAAAUUCAGGUGGGCAGAUGCAAAAAGAGAAUACAGUUGGAGAAGGUGGAGACUUGAGGAGUCAGCUUCGUGCAAGAGCUGCUGUCAAGAAAACUGUAGCUUAUGGUGAAUCAGUAAAGCACAUGGUUCACUAGAAAAUUAGAAUGAGAAUUAUAUGAAGGUUGGCUCAUGUAUAUCAUACUUGGCUCAAAUGUUGUUCAUGUGUGUAGUGACUCAAAAUGGUCUUUUUUUUAAUUCGACUUUUGUCAUCAUUUUCUUA